UGUCCCAUAUAAACAAGCAAACCACACUGCAGACCCAUCAUCAUCUCUGUUUCAGUUACAUUUUCUCAACACAGCAAAACAAACACCAGAGAAGAAGAAGCAGAAGAACAACAAAGAUGGAAAUGGAGUGGUGUGUGUCAAUGCCAAAGGUGGAACUGCAUGCUCACCUUAACGGAUCCAUCAGAGUCUCCACUCUCCUAGAACUUGCCAAGGCUGAAAAGGGUGACAUAGAUUUCUCCGAAGUGGAGCAUGUCAUCGUCAAAUAUGAGCGUUCAUUAAUAGAAGUAUUCAAGAUGUUUGACCUGAUCCACAAUCUCACAACUGAUCAUAAUACUGUUACAAGAAUCACAAAAGAAGUUGUUGAGGAUUUUGCAUCUGAGAAUGUUGUCUAUCUGGAGUUGAGAACUACUCCAAAGAGAAAUGAUUCGAUAGGAAUGAGCAAACGCUCUUAUGUUGAAGCUGUACUUAAGGGUCUAAGAUCAGUUAGUUCAGUUGAUGUGGCUUUCAUUCCACAUAAUGAAGAUUCUAAGAGUCUUUUCAGUUCUCUACCAACAAUUACAAAUGAUAAAUGUAAUGGAGUUGCUAGAAAAAGAAUCUAUGUUAGGCUUCUCUUGAGCAUUGACCGUAGGGAGACAACAGAAGCAGCACUUGAAACUGUCAAGCUUGCACUGGAAAUGAGGCAUUUAGGGGUAGUUGGAAUUGAUCUUUCUGGAAAUCCAAAAGUUGGUGAAUGGACUACAUAUUUGCCAGCAUUAGAAUUUGCUAAAGAACAAGGUCUUCAUGUAACACUUCACUGUGGCGAGGUACCUAAUCCAGAGGAGGUACAUAAUAUGCUUGAUUUUCAUCCCCAAAGGAUUGGACAUGCAUGUUUUUUUGAGGAUGAACACCAGAGAAGGCUGAAGUCCUCUAAGAUUCCGGUUGAAAUCUGUUUGACAUCAAACGUUAGGACAUUGUCAGUACCAUCUAUAGAUGUUCAUCAUUUUGUUGAUUUGUACAAUGCAAAACAUCCACUAGUGCUGUGUACUGAUGACUCGGGCGUGUUCUCUACUUGUCUCUCCAAGGAAUACAAAAUUGCUGCUGAUUCAUUUGGAUUGGGGAGGAGGGAAAUGUUUGAGCUAUCAAGGAAUGGAGUUGAGCACAUAUUUGCAGAUAGUGGAGUGAAGGAAGAUUUAAGAAAUUUUUUCAAUUCAGUGGCGAAGAAUAUGGAAGUAUAAGUACAAUUUCAUAUUUUAUUUAGUUGAUAUGACUUGUUAUAGCUGGUAAUAUAGUGAUGGACACAAGUUAUACAGUGUCUGAAAUAGGUAUUGAUAAUUCAAGUGACUCUUCAAGUCCUCUGGUAUUUAUAUAUUGAAUUAAGUCUGGUUUGGCUAAUCAAGUUGAAUCUCUGCUUCAGAGUGGGGUCAUAUAAGCUAUUCCCUUCUCUUACAUCUAUAAAUUUUAAAUUUAUUUUUGUGUGUA